AUGGCACAGCAAUACUACGGCGGCGGAGGCGGCUACCCGCCCCAGCAGCCCCUGCAGAUGCAGCAGCCCGGCUCGUACGGUCCCGGCGCCUACCAGGGUCAGCCCAACGGCGCACAGAACCAGUACUACAACGGCCAGCAACCGCCUCCGCAGCAGUACUACGGCGGCGACUACAAGCAGCCCCUCAAACCCGAGGGCUUCCAGGGCGAGCGUCUGCAGCCAAAGCCAAAGUGGAACGAUCCCAUCUUCCUCGUGCUCUUUCUGCUCGUCUUUGGCGGCUUCAUCGCCCUCUCCGUCAUCUGCCUGCGCGGCUACUCCUCUUCCGACAUCUCGGCCAACAUCGGCCAGGCCAACGUCGCAGGCCGCACGCUCAACGGUCACACCGCCAUCCUCUUCAUGAUCUGCUGCGCCAUCGGCCUCGUCCUCUCCGCCAUCUACAUCUUCCUCGUGCGCACCUUCCCCAAGUUCAUCCUCGAGGCCACUUUGCUCCUCACCACCCUCAGCAACGUCGCCUUCUGCGUCUACCUUUGGGUGCGCGGAAACACCGCCGCCGCCAUCAUCUUCACCAUCUUUGCCGUAUUCAGCGUCAUCGCCUACUUCUUCAUGCGCAAGCGCAUCCCGCUCGCAAAGGUGCUCCUCGUCACCAUCAUCCGCACAGCAGACGAGUACAAGAGCGUAUACGUCGUCGCUCUCGCCGGCCUCGUCGUAGAGACCGCCUUCAGCGCAUGGACGAGCUGGGUCGUCGUCGCCACCUACCAGCGCUUCGAGCCCUCCGGUCAGGCUUCGGGCUCCAGUUCCAGCAACGCCUCCGUCAUUGGUCUCAUGGUCUUUGUCGUCUUUGCCUACUACUGGAUCUCCGAGGUCAUCAAGAACGUCGCCUUCACCACCGUCGCCGGCAUCUUUGGCACCGCCUACUACAAUGCCACCAAGGUCUCCAACGCUGCCUGGGGCGCCUUCCGCCGCUCCAUGACCUACAGUCUCGGCUCGAUCUGCUUUGGCUCGCUCAUCGUCGCGCUGCUCGACCUCCUCCGAGCCCUGUUCAACCUGCUUCAGAGCCAGGCCGCAUCGGAUGGCGAUCUGGUGGGCACCAUCCUCGCCUGCGUAGCCUCGUGCUGCGUCGCAUGCAUCCAGUACCUCGUCGAAUUCUUCAACCGCUACGCCUACAUCAACAUUGCGCUCUACGGCAACAGCUACAUCCGCGCCGCCAAGGAGACCUGGUCGCUCCUCGCCGAUCGCGGCAUCGACGCCAUCAUCAACGACAGCCUCGUCAACAUCGUCUUUAACUGCGGUGCCUUCAUCAUCGGCCUCCUCACAGCGCUCUUCGCCUUCAUCUACGAGCAGAAGACCAACCCGCAGUACCUCCAGAACGAUUCGGGCUACUACUCGAUCAUCCUCCUCGUUGCCUUUGGCCUCGGCUUCAACAUCGCCCUCAGCGUCGGCGCAGGCAGCAUCGCCUCAGGCGUCAGCACCUACUUUGUCGCGCUCGCCGAGGACCCUUACGUCCUGCAGGGCAAGAACCCGGAGCUCUUUGAGAUGAUCCGCCAGCAGUACCCACGCGUCAUUCAGGGCGUCCACAACUGA